AUGUCAACCCAGAACGCUACUGUUUUACUUACCAGGCUUUUGUCACUACGGGAGAAUUCAUCGUUUCACUUGAUUCUAGAUUCCUUGACGCAAUCAUCCCUAUACUUGAUCGAAGAAUAUGCACACCAUCUCAAUCAAAACCACAAGCUUAUUUACUUAUCAUACGAAACAGUCAAUCGACCAAACUAUGCAACAGACUUUUUCGAUUGUACCGAAGUAACAAUUGACAAGAUUUUACUAUUCAUCAAAACACAUUUGAAAGACGCUUCACCAACUUCAAAAUUGAUUGUUGUAAUCGACUCGUUGAAUUAUAUCCCGAAUGAAAGUUUAACCCAAUUCAUCGCCAAUAUGGCGGGUCCAAAUGUGGUCCUCAUAGCUACAUAUCAUACGAGCUGUGUGGAACCAUUUACUAAACAUGCAAAUUAUCCAUCGUGCCUUUCUUUGCUCACGUAUAUAGCUAGCACCAUUUUUGAAGUUGAACCUAUUUUGAACCAAUCGGUGGACAGUGAGAGUUUGGAAAGAAGUAUUUUGAGACUAAACUUUCCAAUCAAUACACAUUUGAAUAGUGAUACUUUUAAGCUCACCUUAACUAACAGGAGAAAAUCAGGCAGAUCCUUGAUAUAUAAAUUCAGUAUCCAGAGUAAAAACCACACAUAUGAGGUGUUAAACGAGUCCACAGCAACUGCGGAAGAGGAUGAAGAAGAAAUGUUGAAAGAUUUAACCACAUUCAAUUUAACCACCAACAAUAAACAAAAAUUGGCCAGGGAACAAGUUGAGUUACCAUUUAUGCAAGCUCAAGAGACACUCGGUUCGGCUGGAGGAGCUAUUGUCUACGAAUUUGAAAAAGACGACGAUUAUGAUGAAGAGGAUCCAUACGAAGAUCCAUUUUAA